CGAGAUUGCAUUAUUGGUAUAUUCCUUUGCUAAGAAAACCUGACCUCCUGUACCUCGAGAAGAGGAGGGUCGUGCGAGCCGCCCGCGAGGACCUACUAUUGCGCGGCUCGCGCUAUCGAUCUGCAUCUGCCCGUCAGAAGUCAGAGUUCGUCGUGCCUAUGGGCUCCGACGAGCCGCUCCUCGGGCGGCGCUACCAGGCCGCGCGGCCGGAGAAGGCGGCUGCCGACGGCGACGGCGACGCUAGCUUCGUGCAGACCUGCCUCAACGGCCUCAAUGCCUUGUCAGGGGUUGGGCUGCUCUCGGUGCCCUACGCGCUCUCGGAAGGGGGCUGGCUGAGCCUGGCGCUGCUGAUCGCCGUGGCCGCGGUCUGCUGGUACACCGGCCUCCUCCUCCAGCGCUGCAUGGCCGUCGACCCGGCCGUGCGCACGUUCGCCGACAUCGGCGAGCGCGCCUUCGGGCGCGGCGGCCGCCUCCUCGUGUCGGGCUUCAUGUACGCGGAGCUCUACCUCAUCGCCAUCGGCUACCUCAUCGUGGACGGCGACAACCUCGCCAAGCUCUUCCCGGGCGCCCGCGUCGGCCUCGGCCCCGCGUCGCUCGCCGGGAGGCAGCUGUUCGUCGUGCUCGUCGCGCUGGUGGUCGCGCCCACCACGUGGCUGCGCAGCCUCGGCGUGCUGGCCUACGUCUCCGCGACGGGCGUGUUCGCGUCGGUCCUCGUCGUCCUCAGCGUGCUCUGGGCGGCGGCCGUCGACGGCGUCGGGUUCUCCGCGCCGGGGACGACGGCGCUGCGGCCCACCAGGCUCCCCACGGCGCUCGGGCUCUACACCUUCUGCUUCUGUGGCCACGCCGUCUUCCCGACGCUCUACACCUCCAUGAAGGAAAAGCGUCUCUUCCCAAAGAUGCUGGCGAUAUGCUUCGUGCUGUGCACGCUCAACUACGGGUCGAUGGCCGUGCUCGGCUACCUCAUGUACGGCGGCGGCGUGCAGUCCCAGGUGACCCUGAACCUCCCGGCGGCGCGGCUGAGCUCCAAGAUCGCCAUCUACACCACGAUCGCCAGCCCGCUGUCCAAGUACGCGCUGGUGGUCACGCCCAUCGCCAUGGCCGUCGAGGAGAGGAUCCGCGGCGCCGCCGGCUCGGUGGCGGUGAGGACGCUGCUGGUGCUCAGCACGGUGGCCGUGGCCCUCGCGCUGCCCUUCUUCGGGUACCUGAUGGCGCUGGUGGGGUCGUUGCUCAGCGUCGGCGCCUGCGUGCUGCUGCCGUGCGUCUGCUACGUCAGGGUGUUCGGCCGGCCGGCGCGCGCCGCCGAGGCCGCGGCGAUCGCGGCGAUCCUGGUGCUCGGAUCGCUGCUCGUGGUCACCGGGACGUACUCAUCGCUCGUGCAGAUUAUCCACGAGCUGACGAUGUGAUUUGCUGAUGUGGCGAAUUUUCUUCAGGAAAUGAUGCAUGACGUGUGGCAAUGCAAUUUACUGCUGCCGCUCUGGGAUUAGAUCGAUUGAGACAUUGCGUGCACAUUCUGUGCACGCGUAUUCAAACACAUAGCAGGAAGCCUGGCCGGCGGAGUGGCUUGUACCGGCAUAUUCGAUCAAUACCAAUACGGCAAUACCAGUUUGGUGUUGCGAGAGCCC